AUGACUUCCUUGCUCCCACGGUCAGAGGGUUAUCUCCCUCUCUACAUCUUAUUUGUGAGUACUUUUGCUGUUGGCGUUACUGCCAUUGGCAAUGCCAUCCAAUGUUACACCACUCUUUCGUAUACGCAGCGCCUGUAUCCUGGGCAACCUUCGACGUCCACCAGCAAGACCUCGAACGCACAAUCAUCACCGGUCACUCCUCUCUCGUCAAGAACAUUUGGAACAUGGACAAUUGCAGUCGGCCUCGUAAGGGUCUUCGCGGCAUACCACAUACACGAAGCGUCCUGGUAUCAGAUGCAAAUGUUGACCAACAUCAUUGGCCUCGUUCAUUUUAGUAUGGAGGCAUUUGUAUAUAAAACGACGAGACCAUCUGGCCCUUGGCUGGCUCCCAUCAGCGUUGCUUUGAUAGGCACGUUAUGGAGCAUCGCACAAUACGACUUCUAUGUCAGGUAG